GCAGUGUGUGUCACUGACACACGUUGUGUUGUAACUGUACAGUUAAAUUAAACUGUCAAUGUAUUUUUAUUGGACUAUAUUGUUAAAAGAAAAACAAUCUUGUGUUUUCUGUCAUCAAAAUGUAUGCAAAGGUGUACGCUUUACUCUGUUUUCUGUGUGUGGGAGUGAUUGUGUGUGUGUGAGCAGUUAAUCAGAUGAUGGGGUUUACUGCAGGUCAGGAGAUUAGUUUAAAACCAGGAGCUGCAGCAGAGUGAAGUCUUUACAGACACAAACACAGACUCUCACAUUCAACAAACACAGGACCAGUCCAAACUCUGGUGCGUCUCUCUGUGAAGUGGACAUUAUGGACGGUGUCCCUCUAAAGAUGCCUCAGCCUGUCUCACAGAUAGUCAUGGACGACGUCAUCAUCACCGUCCCAGAUUACCUCACCUCUCUGCAGGAGACCAGGUAUGAGUUCCACCUGGAGAAGUGGGUCCUGACUGGUCUACAGAGUGGAUUCACCAGCCAACAGCAGCCUCAGCCGUCUUCAUGUUCAUCAGGAACGCAGCCAUCGUGUCCACCCUACUGGAUGAUGUUCAACAGCCCGCAGCAAAGCCGCCUCGCCAGCCGCCACAGCUCAGACUUCUGGGAGCCCAACCCUCGACAGCGGUCCCACAGCCUCAACCUGUCCGUGCUGCGGACCAAGUUCACCAUCUCGGAGUCUGAGGAUGAAGAAGACGGCACCAGGAGUAAAGCGCAGACAGGUGUGUUGGAGACAAAGCCUUCAGAUGGAGAACGUCCAUCACCUUCACACCACCGUGGCCAGCAGAAGGCCUUCGUCCCAGAUCUGCUGAAUCCUCCGGCCUGUCUGAGCAGUUUGCCUCAUCAGCGCAGGAAGAACCUACGACAGUGUUCCCUAAACUUACAGAAAACAUUUACACAGAGGGAGUCAGAACCUGGGAACCAUGUGCAGCACCUGUCCUCAUGCAGAAUCACCCAGAAUUCUGGAAUCUCCAACACGACAACAAAAGCUGGUGCAGUCAUGAAGCUCCCCACCAUCAUCAGUCACAACUCCAUGGCAACUCUGAGUCCAGACUCCUGUAGGAACCCUCUGUUGACCUCAACCCACCAGGGUCUUCGAUCCUCUGGCUCAGACUCAACAGCAGAACUUCUGUCAGCUCUGAGCUCAGAGGAGAAUGAGCUGCUGGAAGCCGUCACAGCGCGGGGAUAUCCACUCCGUACGGCCAUCAUCGCCCUGCAGAAGACGGGCACGCAGAUGCCAGAGGAGAUCUUGAAUUACCUGGUUGCGUGCGAUCACCUGUGUCAGUUGGGUUAUGACAUGGUUCAGGUAGAAGAAGCUCUGGAGAUGUUUCAAAACUGCGAAACAAAGGCUGAGGAGUUCCUUCAGUUGCUGAGUCAGUUUCAUGAGAUGGGCUUUCAGCAGAACACAAUCAAAGAAGUUCUGCUGGUGCACGAGAACCACAAAGAACGUGCACUGGAGGAGCUAAUAGCACGCGUAGCAUAACAAAAAAUACAAACGCAUACAGUAACUACAGAACCAUU